AUGUCGGGAAGAGCUAGAGCCAGAGCCAGAGGAAGACCUCCAAAAGAAGCAGUUGCUCCUCCUGCUGUAGGAACUACAUCUUUUAAGAAGAGAGUGCCAGGUGAGCUGCCAAGCUACCAUCCACGUAGUGUCCCUCCAAGAGUGGCAGAAGAACCUGGUGGCCAUGGGCGACAGAAAGGAUUGCAGGCUGGCCCCAAACCAAUAGGAUUACAGGUUUCCUUGGGACUCCAGGAUCUGUCCCUGUCAGAAAGGGGUGGACGUCGUAGAGAUUUCUAUGACCUUGGGGUGAACACUCGGCAAACCAUGGUACAUGUGAAAGACUCAAAAACUGGUGUGAUGGGUAGGACGAUAAAAUUAAUAACAAAUCACUUCCGGAUGACGUCUCGGCCUCAGUGGGCUCUGUACCAGUACCACGUGGACUACAACCCUGAGGUGGAGGCUCGGCGCCUGCGCUGUGCUCUGCUCUUCCAGCACGAGGAGCUCAUUGGCAAGACACGUGCAUUUGAUGGAUCAAUCUUACUCCUGCCCAUAAAACUAGAGAAUAAGGUCACUGAACUGAUUAGUAGGACUCGAAAUGAGGAAGAUGUGAAGAUAACACUCACACUGACUAAUGAGCUGCUUCCUUCAUCGCCUUCAUGUGUGCAUUUCUAUAGCAUGAUUUUUAGAAGGAUUUUGAAGAUGCUGAAUUUUCACCAGAUUGGACGUAAUUUUUACAACCCCAGUGAUCCAGUUUGCAUCCCUAGUCACAGGUUGGUGGUGUGGCCAGGCUAUGCCACUUCCAUCCUCCAGUAUGAGGAAAGCACCAUGUUAUGUGCAGACGUGAGCCAUAAGGUUCUUCGUGGUGAGACAGUGUUGGAUACUAUGUACAAUCUUUACUCCUUAUUGGGAGAAGAUUACUUCAGAGACGCCUGUGCUAAAGAGCUGAUCGGUUCAAUUGUUCUGACAAAGUACAAUAACAGAACAUACAGAAUUGAUGACAUUGACUGGGAUAACAGUCCAAAGGGAACCUUUAGAAAGUCAGAUGGUACUGAGAUCAGCUAUGUGGACUACUACAAAAAGCAAUAUAAUUUAGUAAUCACUGAUUUGAACCAGCCUGUCCUGGUCAAUCAGCCCAAGAGGAAGAGAGGAAACCUGAUGCAAGGACCUAUCAUUCUAAUUCCAGAGCUGUGCUCAGUAGCAGGACUAAGCCAGAAGAUGUGCAAUGACUUUAACGUGAUGAGAGACUUGGCUGCUCACACUCGACUGCAACCCGAGCAGAGGCAAAGGGAGAUUGAGAGACUCAUGAAGUACAUCCACAGAGACCACAGCGUUCAGAAGGAACUGGGAGACUGGGGUUUGAGCUUUGAUUCUGAGCUAGAGUCCCUUUCAGGAAGAGUUGUUCCGGGAGAAAAGAUCUUCCAAGGAGGAAAAGUGAUGGAGUACCAUGCUCAGUUUGCUGAUUGGACAAGGGAAACCAAGGGAGUUCCCUUAAUCCGACCUGUGCCUCUGGAGAACUGGUUAUUGAUAUACGCACGGCAGAACUGUGAUGCUGCUGGUGUCUUACUUAAUGGUCUCUCUCAAGUCACCCCCCCUAUGGGAAUCAAAAUGAACAGGGCAAGAAUGAUUGAAGUAGAAGAUAGAACAGAAGCUUAUUUAAGGGCUUUACAGCAAAAGGUUACCCCUGACAUGAAUAUAGUAGUUUGUAUUUUGUCCAGUUCCCGAAAGGAUAAAUAUGAUGCCAUCAAGAAAUACUUAUGUACAGACUGUCCCAUUCCAAGCCAGUGUGUGCUUGCUCACACUCUGAGCAAACAUCAGUCUGUUCUGGCUGUAGCAGCAAAAAUUGCCUUACAAAUGAACUGUAAAAUGGGGGGAGAGCUUUGGAGCGUUGAGAUCCCACUGAAACAGGUAAUGGUUGUGGGAAUUGACUGUUACCAUGACACUAUCUCAGGGAAGCAGUCAGUGGCAGGAUUUGUCGCCAGCUUGAAUCAGACAAUGACACGGUGGUUCUCCCGCUGUGUUGUUCAAAGUCUUGGGCAGGAAAUUGUGGAUGGAAUCAAAGCCUGUUUGCAAACUGCUCUAAAGACCUGGCUCCAGUGGAAUAAGUAUUUACCCACUCGUAUCUUUGUGUACCGCGAUGGUAUUGGAGAUGGACAGCUAAACGUUUUAGUGAAUUACGAAGUGCCUCAGAUUCUGCAUUGCUUGAGGAGUUUUGGCACUGACUACAAGCCAGGACUUACAGUGAUCGUUGUGAAGAAGAGAGUGAACUCUAGGUUCUUCGAAGAGGUUAAGGGAGAGCUUAAGAACCCACCCCCUGGCACUGUUGUUGAUUCAGUGGUUACCAGACCAGAAUGGUAUGAUUUCUUUGUUGUGAGCCAGACAGUGAGAAAUGGCUGUGUGACACCCACUCAUUACAAUGUGGUCUAUGACACGAGUGGCCUCAAACCAGACCACAUACAGCGCUUAACCUACAAACUUUGCCACAUGUACUAUAACUGGUCGGGUGUUAUCAGAGUUCCUGCUCCUUGCCAGUAUGCCCAUAAACUGGCUUUCCUUGUUGGUCAGAGUGUUCACAAAGAACCAAGUCUGCAGCUUUCAGACAAACUUUAUUAUCUUUGA